AUGGCUCUCGAAUACAAGGAGAAAGCUCUCCCUGCUCCACGGUCAUAUGCGGGAUCACAACGAACGAGGUUUCAAAAACGAUUCAUUCCUAUAGCUGUUGUAGCUUUGAUCUGUGUAUACUUUUUCUCCCAAAACUUCCACUUUUCUCUCAACAAUCGAUAUAAAUUUUCCUCUUCUCCUCUUCCUAUAUAUCUACCAUCAUCUGCCACUGGUCGAUAUAGCAUCCAAGCAACAACAUUCCCGAGAGAAUCAAGACCUGCCAAAGCUGUGCGGUUAACAAGGCAGAGAAAAAUCAAGGAGGAAUUUCUACAUGCUUGGAAAGGGUAUACGAAGAAUGCAUGGAUGCAUGAUGAAGUUAUGCCACUUUCAGGAGGACAGAAGGAUACAUUUGUUGGCUGGGCAGCAACAUUGGUGGACUCCUUGGAUACACUUUAUAUAAUGGGAUUGAAGGAAGAAUUUGAAGAGGCACUGGAAUCUCUUAAGCAAAUCGACUUUUCGAAACCCAAUGCCGAACGUGUACCUGUAUUCGAAACUACCAUCCGUUACCUAGGAGGCUUAUUAGGUGCAUGGGAUAUCAGUGACCAUCAAUAUCCCAUUCUGCUUGAAAAGGCGAAACAACUUGGGGACUUGUUGUUUAGGGCUUUCAAUACUGAAAGUGGUAUCCCUACACCUUAUUAUUGGUGGGAGAAGCAACUUCCUAUUGGAGAUAAGAUACCAGGUGAGAAUGGAGUUUUAGUUGCUCAAAUUGCAAGUUUGUCACUCGAGUUCAUCCGUUUGAGCCAAGUUACAGGCGAUCGAAAAUACGAGAAUGCAAUACAGAGAAUAACAGAUCAACUGGAGAGUACACAAAAUACUACAACACUACCGGGGAUGUGGCCAUCUCAAGCGAACUGUAUGGGGCCAAAUUUGACAUUUUCGAGUCGUACUUUUACUUUAGGAGCUUUUGCUGAUUCCGCUUUUGAAUACCUUCCAAAGACACAUUUGAUUCUUCCUAAAUCUUCUUCUGGCGAGCAAUAUAAAAGAAUGUAUGGCAAUGCAUUGUCAACUAUCAAGAAACAUAUUAUUUUCCGCCCCAAUCUCCCAGGCGAUCCAGAUAUUCUAUUCUCAGGUACAGUCGAUGUCAACACCGGCCAACCCCUUCUAGAUACUCAAGUACAACAUCUCGGAUGCUUCGUUGGAGGAAUGAUAGGUUUAGGAUCCCGAAUAAACCAAUCCCCAGCAGAAAUGGAAACUGCCAUCAAACUAACCCAAGGAUGCAUAUGGGCCUACGAAAACACCCCCUCAGGAAUCAUGCCCGAAAUUUUCCACGUCAACCCCUGCACGAAUUUCUCAUCCUGUACCUGGAGCGGCGAAGAUAGAGGUAACGGAUUCUCUCGCAUCGACGAUCCUUCCUACCAGCUGCGUCCCGAAGCCAUCGAAUCCAUCUUCAUCAUGUAUCGGCUAACAGGCGAUCGAGUCUGGCAAGAAAAGGGGUGGAAAAUGUUUCGUGCAAUUGUAAAACAUACACAUACUAAUAUUGCAAAUUCAAGGAUUAAAAAUGUUAUGGAUUUGAAACCGGAAAAGGAGGAUGGGAUGGAGAGUUACUGGUUGGCGGAAACGUUGAAGUAUUUUUAUUUGUUGUUUGCUGAGCCGGGGCUGGUGAGUUUGGAUGAGUUUGUGUUGAAUACCGAGGCGCAUCCUUUGAGGCAGGCGGGUGGGGGUGCGGUGUAG